GUGAGGAAGAGUUUUAGCAGAGAGCAGAGGGGAGCAUGUGACAGGAGCGAGGAGGCCAGAAUUUUAAAGACAAGCGAAAGACAGAAGGGAAAGGAGCAAGAACUAAUGUCAGUAGGCUUAAAGAGGCCUGUGCAGUGACAAUCCUGGAUAUUUCUUAAUGUGGCAACUGGCAGCUGGACCGAAAAGGUGUGCAGGUCUGUCUGUUAAUCCCAGCUGUUUCCUGCGUGGGAAAGACGAGGAGAAUCUGGAGAAUCUAGGGCACUUAUCUGCUCAGCUUCAUCAGAGACCAGCCUGUUCCUGGUAAAAUGGAUGAGUUAUCUGCUGUCAUUGUUUGUGGCGUUAAAUGUCCUCUGCCAUGGCGAAGCGUGAGGCCGGGAGUACCAGCCCUGUGGUGCGUCAGAUAGACAAGCAGUUUCUGGUCUGCAGUAUCUGUCUGGAUCACUACCGUAACCCCAAGGUCCUGCCCUGUCUGCACACCUUCUGUGAGAGUUGUCUCCAGAACUACAUUCCCCCGGAGUCUCUGACGCUCUCGUGUCCGGUGUGUCGGCAGACGUCCAUCCUGCCGGAGAAAGGAGUUUGCGCUCUGCAGAACAACUUCUUCAUCACUAAUCUCAUGGAGGUCCUUCAGCGAGACCCGGAGUGCUCACGGCCUGAGGCCUGCAGUGUCCUGGAGUCGGUCAGCGCUGCAGCUGCGGGGAAGCCCCUCUGCUGCCCAAACCACGAGGGCAAGGUGAUGGAGUUCUACUGCGAGUCGUGUGAGACAGCCAUGUGUUUGGACUGCACGGAGGGCGAGCACCGGGAACAUGUGACUGUUCCUCUGCGGGACGUCGUAGAGCAGCACAAGGCCGUGCUGAAGACACAGCUGGAUGCCAUACACAGCAGGCUCCCUCAGCUGACCGCAGCCAUCGAGCUGGUGAGUGAGAUCUCUCGCCAGCUGAAUGAAAGGAAGACCGAGGCGGUAGCAGAGAUUACCAGUACGUUUGAAGAGCUGGAACGGGCGCUGCAUCAGCGCAAGACAGCCCUCAUCACAGACCUGGAGAACAUCUGCAGCACUAAGCAGAAGGUCCUGCAGGCACAGCUUUCGGCUCUCCUCCAGGGAAAGGAACACAUCCAGAGCAGCUGCAGCUUCACGGAGCAGGCUCUCAGCCACGGGAGUGCUACUGAGGUGCUGCUGGUUCAGAAGCAGAUGAGUGAGCGGGUAACAGCGCUGGCCAGACAUGACUUCCCAGAGAGACCACAUCAGAAUGCACACCUGGACUGUCAGGUGGAGACUGAAGGUCUGCGACGCUCCAUCCAGAACCUGGGUGUUCUCCUCACCACAGCCGCUGUGGCUCACACCUCCGUCGCCACAGGAGAGGGCCUCCGCCACGCAGCAACUGGGCAGCACCACACAAUUACUGUGACAACAAAGGACAAAGAUGGGGAGUUGGUGCGAACAGGAAAUGCUAUUUUAAAGGCAGAGAUAACAUCUGCUGAUGGGAGCCGCGCAGCGGAGCCAGAGAUAGCAGACAAUAAGAAUGGGACUUAUGAGGUGGGCUACACGAUACGCACUGAGGGAGAGUACUCUUUCGCCCUGAUGCUCUACGGCCAGCCGAUACGCGGCAGCCCGUUCCGCCUGCGGGCGGUCAAGCCCUCGGAUGUGCCGCAAUCUCCAGAUGACGUGAAGAGGAGGGUGAAGUCUCCCAGUGGGACGGGGGGCCACAUACGGCAGAAAGCGGUGCGGCGGCCUUCCAGCAUGUACAGCACCACCAAGAAAAAGGAGAAUCCCAUCGAGGAUGAGCUCAUCUACAGAGUGGGUACGCGGGGCAGAGAAAAAGGCGAGUUCACAAAUCUGCAGGGAAUCUCAGCCUCUACUAACGGCAGAGUGGUGGUGGCUGACAGCAACAACCAGUGCAUACAGGUAUUUUCCAAUGACGGGCAGUUCAAGAUGCGCUUUGGGGUCAGAGGGCGGUCUCCAGGGCAGCUGCAGAGACCCACAGGCGUCACCGUGGACGUGAACGGUGACAUCGUGGUGGCCGACUACGACAAUCGAUGGGUCAGCAUCUUCUCCUCUGACGGCAAGUUUAAGAAUAAGAUCGGGGCAGGCCGGCUCAUGGGUCCUAAGGGCGUGGCCGUGGAUAAGAAUGGACACAUCAUCACUGUGGACAACAAGGCCUGCUGCGUCUUCAUCUUUCAGUCCAACGGGAAGCUGGUGACUAAGUUUGGAGGCAGGGGGACGUCUGACCGACAGUUCGCAGAAAAACUUGGCCCAAACUUAAAUAAAACUGGCUCAGUUUUCAGUCCGCACUUUGUCGCAGUGAACAACAAGAACGAAAUAAUUGUGACUGAUUUUCACAAUCACUCAGUCAAGGUGUACAAUGCCGAUGGAGAGUUCUUGUUCAAAUUUGGCUCUCAUGGUGAAGGCAAUGGCCAGUUCAACGCUCCCACUGGUGUGGCUGUGGACACCAACGGAAACAUCAUCGUAGCUGACUGGGGCAACAGCAGAAUACAGGUGUUUGACAGCACAGGCUCCUUCUUAUCUUACAUCAACACCUCAGCAGACCCGCUGUACGGCCCCCAGGGCCUCGCCCUCACCUCAGAUGGACACGUGGCUGUUGCAGACUCCGGCAACCACUGCUUUAAGGUUUACAGAUAUCUGCAGUAGGCUGAGGGAAGACGUCGCCGACGCAGCUUCUGCUUAGCCAAGCUAAGAUCCCAUACCGCUCGUGGACAUAGAGCUGCAACACGCCUGUACACUUCACAGUGGUUCCAGGUUCCACGUAUUCAUUUCCUUUCAUUUUGUCUGUGUAUGUUCAGAGCUUCUGAUUCAAGUGUAUGUAAAAAGUUUUUUUUAAACAAAAUAAGCUAGUUAUCCCAAAAAUUAUUGCAAGCAGUCACAUUAAUUCCUUUCCUGAGAAAGAAAACAUCUCAAGAGACUAUCCUGAUGAAAUAAAGUUUAAAAAAGAGGAAGGAAUAAAACGUUGUGUAAUUAGAUAUUUCGCUAUCUGAUCACUCAUGAUCUGAACUUUUACAUUUUUAACCAAAUACCCUGAGGGAGAAAAUAACUUCUGGAAGAAGGCGUUUCAGCUCUAUUUCUCACAAGCGGGACCCCGCCAGUAGAUGCCAGUCUGACGUUGGUGUUUUUUGGGGGCUAAAUGAAGAUGGGCGACACUCCCAGCAACCAGCAAACAACGCGAGGCACAGAAGCCGAGGUCCACCGCCUGUGUCCCGGUGAAAGAUGAUGCUUUGUGAUUGAACAAUGCUCAGGCCUUUCCUCGAACACUGUCGCAUGUCAGUGUGCUCCAGAAAAAAGAAAACAAAUAGACCCUGUCGUCACUGCCUUCAAUUUGUCAUCAGUAGACACAACAGAACACACGCAGACAGGAAUGUGUUGUUAUUCUCAUUCUGCACCUUAUCAGUCUGACAAGAUCCCUGCACAUGGAUAUAGAUUUUCUUUAGUUUUUUUCCGAAUCAUGAGUGAUAUGCAAGUCUUUUGUUUUGGUACCCAAAGACAAGCAUCAAGAAGCACAACAGUGAGUGGAAAAAUAAGGUUUUUUGAACAUUAAGUUUGGUCCCUUCCAGCUCGUCUUUCUCUUCUAUUAACCAAAACAGACUUGUUAUAUCUAACCCCACUAGCUCUUGCACUUUUGUGUAUUCAUAUCUACAACCUAAUGUAGUUGUACAUAUGCAUAUUUAGGUGUAUAUACAGAUUUGGUGUUAUUUCACUAUAUACUAUAUGCUUACUCCAGCACUUAAUGAAUCAAGGAUUUCAACACUGGAACAUAUACUAAUACGGUAGAAGGUCAUGCCAAGUAGUAGCCAAGUGGACGAUUUGCAAACAUCAUUGGAGCAAAGGUGUGCACACUUUAUUUGUGUUUUAUUUUUUCAAAGGACUUAAUUUAUUUUUUAUUUUAUUUUCUACAUAAUUUGUUCUACAAAUUAUUUUUCUAAUUGGUGCGUCUGAACUGUCGCCUCUUUGCCAAACGUCGUUGUACAUAGGCCUCGUGACUCGUAGCACUGACAGCCGCUCACAUCCAGUUAGACAGUAACUUUCCCUUCGGCCAAGACGUAUCGUUGUAAGUUGUUGUUGAACAUUGCACAAAAAUACAAAUAUUCUAAGAGUUAUAUAGUUUGCAAGAGUAAUAUAUGCCUCUGUGUAUAGUUAUCAUUUAACAUAAUCAGAAAGUGUACUGUAUAUUACAAUCAUAUUCUCCUUGUAGCUGACAAGCACCUUUAUCAUCAUGGGUUUUUGUACUCAUUUGCUUGGUAGUUCGGCGUUUGGAAGGUUUUCUGUGCAGCUCCUUGAGGAACGCAUCACCAGCCGACGUGCAGCGACACACAAAGUUUUUCACUUAAAUAAACCGUCUGUCCCCGAUGAUUGAUCCGUGAGUCACUCCGUCUUUUCAUCUCCCUGUAACGACACAUUUAUUUGACUUUCCUCCUCCGUUAAUUGGAACCCUGUGUUAGUUUUUUUGUCUGUCACCUGUAACUAACCUGCUCAUGUCUGUGAGAAAUAAAGGAAAGCACAUAUAAACGAAACACGUCAUCAACCAUCUUGUGAAGCCUGCUGUAUACUACAAGAGGCCAGUCUGACAAGAAGUAAUCACUGCAUUUAUGUAAUCAUGGCAAAGGUAUGAUUGUAAAUAUUAAAGAAUGACACUAUGAACUGUUGUGCAAAUGGUCUGUUUUGUAUAACUUCAGUUAAUUAAUGGAUUCAUUUUUUAUUCGAGGGUGAGAAUGAUGCGUUGGUUUUUUAAACAAGAUGAACAUGUAUA